AUGCUCAUCAGUGGAAACCAUCGUGCUCAGGCACAAUUCGAUCGGGCAAAAUGGCGCCCAAUCGUUAUGAUCCCUACAUGGGUUCUUCAGCUGGGCUUGUCUAUGUCUAUGAUGGGACUUUUCGCCUAUAGAUUGGGCGACAGCAUGAAGGUGAACAAAGACAGCGACAAGAAGAACGACGAUCCUACAAUUGAGAUUGUGUGGGAGGCUACAAAUGUAGCUCUCUGGUUCGUUGCAUCUCUAUGCAGUUUCGUCGAAAUCGCCAAAUACUUCGCUGAGGCAUUGACUCCGUGGACCAUGCUAUUCACACAUGUCAUAAAACUGACCUGCGCGAUCGCCACUCUCGCGCUUGAUAUAGUUGUCUAUACCGAGAAACACGACAAGCACUACUCCCUCGUCGCUCUUGGCUUAGACUGUGCUUUUAUCAUCACCUCACUAGUCCUGGUCUUUUACUCUGUGCGAAGAUACCGCCGCCUUUCCGCUUACGACGAUUAUACACACCCUGUCAACGUCAAGCCUUAUGGUUUCAACGACGACCUUGAGCGUGAUACUUCAUACGCUCGACAGUCUACAGACAAGCGCUUUUCUUCGGCAUCGUCACGAGCUAGCAUCAUCUCAAAGCGUGAAUCUGUCGAGAUGGGCACCGUCCAGCGAACACCAAGCGUCUAUUCACACAAGCGUGAUACCCAAUUCGACGACUAUGUAGCACGUCGCGGCUCCGCCACGAAAGAACGCAUCGGCAGCGGAGACUUCAGCUACGCUGGAGCUCAGGGCGAGGCCCAAGACUCUGGAGCAGCACUCACACCAACUCGCCCAAGGGGCGCCAGUAGCGGUCGAGCAGCGAGCUGGACGAGCGACCGAGGUCUCGUAGCUGUACCAGAGGAGGAGGACGACACAUCAGCUGGGAAGGAAUCUAAGGCAGAAAAGGAAAAGAAGGAUCGCGAGGCCCUUUUGGGCAACACUCCUCGCGAGAGCAUUGAUGGCCUAGUUGUUCCACAAGAAGCUGACCUUUCGGAGCCCAGGUGGCAGCGCGAAUAG